CCGCGUGGAGUCCAUGAUGCUACGCGUGGCCAAGCCGUUGAACUACAUCCCUGUGACACCCAGCAUCCAGCAGCGAGCCCAGCAGAGGGCGCCGCAGUGCAUUCCUCUAGUGAUGGAGCCCGAGUCUCGCUUCUACAGCAACUCAGUGAUUGUACUGGACUUCCAGUCGCUUUAUCCCUCCAUUGUCAUCGCGUACAACUACUGCUACUCCACCUGCCUUGGCCACGUGGACAGCCUGGGAACGCCUGAUGAGUUUAGGUUCGGCUGCACCUCCCUACGGGUUCCUCCGGAGCUCCUCUACCAGCUCCGCAAUGACAUCACCGUGUCACCCAACGGCAUCGCCUUCGUCAAGUCCUCAGUGCGUAAAGGGGUCCUGCCCAGCAUGCUGGAGGAAAUCCUCAACACGCGGAUCAUGGUGAAGCAGUCGAUGAAAGCCCACAAGCAGGACAAGGCCCUGAUGAGGCUGCUGCACGCCCGGCAGCUCGGGCUGAAGCUCAUCGCAAACGUCACCUUUGGCUACACCGCCGCCAACUACUCCGGACGCAUGCCCAGCGUGGAGGUUGGAGACAGCAUCGUCCACAAAGCCAGAGAGACCCUGGAGAGAGCCAUCAAGAUGGUCAAUGACACUAAGAAAUGGGGAGCACGCGUUGUGUACGGAGACACCGACAGGUAGGCUUUAAUAUUUUUAAUAUGCACC